GUAUGCCGAGCGUUAGUAUGCUGACAACAAGUGUCGAGACUACGUUGCUUCCUGAUAUUUAAUAUUAGUGUUGACGUUAAAAUAAAAAUAAGAUUGGCGAGGGUGACGAUAAGAAAAAGUGCAAGUUCGAUUCACGAUGGGUUUGCCGGGCAGAACAAGUUUUCUCGUCGUUGCUACGUUAUUGUGCUCGAUAAUAGGCUGCGAAGCAAUUCGCUGUUAUCAAUGCGGCAGCGACCAAGAUCCCAAAGGAAAAGACUUGUGCGGGGCUUAUAAGAAAUAUGACACAGACAAAAACUCACCGGUCGAGUGCAGCAGUCUCGAUUCCGUAACUCCUGGCACGUUCUGCGUGAAACUCACUAGGCAAAGUCCUCGUGGAUUCAUCUGGGAUGGAAGGUGGCGACAGGUACAGCGUAGUUGUGCAUCCGUUGCUAGGAAAAGUAUAACCGGUGUCUGUAACUGGGGUGUUGAAGAAAACGGUGUUUUUUGGGAAGAAUGUACAUGCUCGGAGGACGGUUGCAACAGUGCAUCGAGUUUGUAUUCAACGACGACGAUAUUUCUCAUCACGGUUGCCGUUUGGUACGCGAUAUUUACCCACCCUUAAAUGCUUUCAUUGAAACGUUACUUGUUAAGUAACGUUGUUCCCACCACAACGGGGACAUAUGAAAAGACUUGACUUGAAUCGUAGAUCAAUAUUUACGAUGAAAAUCCGUCCGUUUUGUUUUGUUUUGUUUUUUUUUUUUUUCAAAUGCGGGACUCUAAUCUCGAAUGGUUGAAAAUCCGAUAAAAGCCAGGGGAGUUUCGAGGAUUCGUCGAUGAAAUUUUAGAGGAGAAUCUCAUCGAAAUGAGCUUCAUUUCCGUCCGUUAUUCAAACGAAACGAUUUUUACAACUUUGACGAUCAAUUUUCCGUCCACAUUUCCAGACGAAACAGUAUUUUUCAUCAUUUUUUAAGAAACAAAAGUUUAUCGCAUCGUUUUUUAUGUGUAGGAUUGAUUAUUCGAAGAUGACAAGUUUUAUUGACUAGCGAAACUGCCUGGAAGAUUAGAUUGUAAUUUAGCUUAGUGUAAAUCGAUAAAAUUCGUAAGAUUUUCAAUUUUCAAGUUUCCCCUCAAUAUACGAUGGUGAGCAGGCGAAAUAAUUCGUCAAAGAGAAAGGCGGGAAAAUUCUUUCGCGUAAAAAUCACGUUUCUGGGGCUGAUACAAAGCUAGGGGAGAACGAGAUAAAGAGGGAAAGAGUCUUCGAGGCUCGAUGAGAGAAGUUUACUCGAGUGGCAAUCGUGUGGGUGGCUUUUAGGUGCACCGACAAUGACCCCUCGUUAAAACGCUCGUUAAGGCAUCUCUCUCUCUCCUUGCUCUUCAUGAUUUUCAAGACUACGUACAAUCUCGACUGCCAACAGAGCGUUUCAAACACUCGGAGAAUUCAUGGCCCUCCGAGGAAAACCAACCCUCGUUGCCAUCAAUCCGUCUUUCCCUCAACAAAACCUCCGAACCGUUUAUCAACGAUUCCCAAGUCCAUAAAAAUUUACGAUACUUGUAAAUAUUGUAUAAACAUAAAUAUCGAGUUCGAGGCACGAAUAAAGAAAAAGAAUAUUAAUUGAGAGAUUUUCCUUAUCGCUGCAGCGACAAUUUACGAAGCUUCGUCGUCGGCGUUUCCAUCACAAAUAUUUAUCGAAUCGUGUCGUUGCACAGUGAGAUGAAAAUUCCAUUUUUUCCCGAUUGAAAAACUUGUAAUUAUGAAAAUCCCCUUGCAGACGAGGAGAAAGUCAGGUAUCUAUAAAUAUAAAAAAAUACAAUAAAAUGAAUGUCAGAAAACCGUCCAUUUCGUAGAGUGUUGAAAAAACACGAUAUAAGCACAAAUUAAAAAAGUAACUGAAUUGAGAACGAACCACGCAAGUACAAUCGAAAGUUUCAUAAUUUCUAAAAUAUGAAAUCGUCCAUUUCGUAGAGUGUUAAAAAAACACGAUAUAAGCACAAAUUAAAAAAGUAACUGAAUUGAGAACAAACCACACAAGUACAAUCGAAAGUUUCAUAAUUUCUAAAAUAUGAAAUGAAGAAAAAUGUUCGUACCAAUCGCUCGUAACAACUAGCGUAUAAUUUUUAAUUAUAUUGAUCUAGAACUCGUGCACAAAAAUGUAAAUGAUUAUGCAUAUACAAAAAAAUCGAAUGACGAGAGUCCGCUAGAAUAAUCGAAUUUUUAUAAAAUUAUUGAGUUAACGAAAGAUGAUAAUGUUCGAGAAUAAAAAACGCAAAAAAAAUAA